AUGUCGUCCUCGAGUCAUCAGGCGAUGUCUCGCCAUCGCCAAACCUCAGUCAGUUCGGCUGGGAGGUCUUCGAGAAAAGGAAAAAUUGCUGGAGAGGCAAAGGAUUUCACUUCGGCAACGCUGAUGAAGUACUUUGAGCCCACAGCGGCCACGGCCUCUAUGCUUUUGUACGGGCAGGGAUCUUCCGUUGUCGUUGCACAUCAUGAUAGCCUUACAAUAGAAAGGCGGUUUUCGCGGCAUUCCUCAGAAGUGACGUUACUAGCAGUCGACACUCAAAGCGAAAUUGGCGCUGGUCGACUGGUAGUAAGUUAUGAUGUCGAUAUGACAGCCAUAGUAUGGGAUUUAAUGACUGGAGACGAAGUGGCUCGCUUCGCGUCGUACGAAAACUUGACUUGCGCAGCUUGGAUGCGCAACGGGAAUGUAGCAUUUGGAAAUUCCCAAGGUAACAUUAUAUUAUUCGAGCCGACUACUUCGGAACAUAUAUCGGCAAGAACAAUUGAUCAAAUAAUGGUUACGGCAAUUGCCCCUUCGGCAGAUUGUCGUACUUUUGCUAUUGGAUAUCAGAACGGUUCUCUACUGAUAGCAACCCUGCAACCAAGGUUCACUAUUCUGCACAAUUUGAGUACGUCGAGAGCACCGUCGCCAAUUGUCAAUCUGGCGUGGCAUGCAUCCUCGUCCCGCCAAAAAGCAGACAUGUUGGCGGUACAGACCAAUGACGGCGAUCUCAGAGUCUGGAGCGUGGCAAAGUCUACGACGGGUGAUGAUCCUGCCAAAGUUGUCAGGAUACUAAAGCGCACAGAUAAUUAUCAGAAUGGACCCAACUGGAUGGGUUGGUCGAAGAAUGGUCGCAUUAUCCAGUAUUCCGAUAGUGAGACGCUCUCGUGGGAUGUUCGAACAAAGCACGUCACUUAUGACAGCAUACCAACGCUUGAGCAUGUUCGAGGUCUCGCUGUUUACGGGCCCGGUGCAACGUUGUUCACCUUGGGCGCCAACAACACAGUGCAGCAGUUCGAUCUGAACACCCCAUCAAUGAUGGUGGCAAAUGUGCAACAUCCAGCCAACCUUCUACCGCCCUCACCUCCAGUCUCUAUUGAGGAGCAGGUCGAGCAGGGAAUUGUUGUCAUCGCCACCGAUUCGGACUCGGCUUCAGUUCCUAUCAACUCGGAAGUCUCUGAGAGUGAUGAAGAUCACAUGUCCCCUUUAGCCAGGAUUGUUAGAGGAGCUGAUCCUUAUGAGCAGGAUCGCUACAUGGCUGCGAGUCCGAUAUCUAGUAGAAGCCAGACGUCAACAUUGUCUAAAUCCUCUGCUGGAUCAAGCACCCAUGGACGGCACCCGCCAUCUGUACUAUCGCGUGGAAUGACUGAGAACACUUACAUCUCAACUGGAUCGUCAUUGAGAUCCGCAGCUUUGCCGCCAUUUGGAGACAAGGACGCUUACUCAAUCAGUAGCGUCAGCUCAGCAUCCAUAACCUCAUCCUCUCAUGCAUCCCGCCGUCAGCGGCCCUCGCGACUGAGAAAUGAAGUUCCCAGAAGUCCCGAUGAUAACAAAGUCCAUGAUUUGUUCAAAUUUACGCGCAGCAGACUUCAUGACAUUCCUUACAAGCGAGUCCCUCUGGCCGACCAGACUCGCCUAACUAAUGAAGACUUGCGGCGGCAAAUGCUGAGCAUCAUCUUCGGCUGGAACAAGGGGAUCCAGGAUCUUGUCCGUGAUGAGAUGUCGCGCCAUCCGAAUGGCUCCUCAGCUCGCAUCCUCCUGGCCAAGUGGCUUGGCGACAUCGAUUCUGAUAUCAUGACGGCCUCUGCGGAAAACAUGACCUCAUCGGAUUGGAUGUUACUCGCAUUGAGCGGCAUAGGAGGACAGGCUUCUCAGCACAAACUUGGCAGAGCUUACGUUCAAAGGCUUCUAGAAGGGGGCGACAUUCAUGCAGCUGCGACUAUCAUGAUUGGUAUGGGCGAUCAAAACGAUGCUAUUGAAAUAUACGUUUCGCACAAGCGUUACAUGGAGGCACUGAUCCUACUUUGUCUCUACUACCCCAACGUUUGGGAACGGCAAGCCCAGAUUAUCAAGAAAUGGGGGGAAUUCGCUGUUCAACAUGGCCAACAGCAGCUAGCAAUCCGAUGUUUUGCUUGCACUGGGCAAGAAUCCAGCGAACCGUGGACUUCUCCUUCUGCCGCUCAGGUCACCUUCCAAAGCCUCGACGCCACGAUCCCUGAAGUGCUGAGUCCACCGCUCUCUCCUCCUGGACUCAAUCGUGGCCCGCAACGCAGCAUUGCGAAGACUUCUGCACUUAAGCUCAUUACAUCUUUCGGUGAUCAGCAAUCGAAGUCGAAGUUUUUCGCUGCUGGGGAUGGUGGACAAACUCCUAUCGCUGCGGGCGUAACCCCCAUUGCCGAGUCUGCAGUUUCGCCGGGUGGUCGUGAUCCUACAACAGCAUUCCUCAAGCCAUCAUCCAGGAGUGCUCUCAACACUCCCGCGUCUGCUCGUGUAAUGACGCCUGGAGGAUUUGGACGCCCAAGACUGCCAUCCAUCGGUGAGGUUCGUGUAGAGGUCUCAUCACCGCAAGUGAAGGAAACACGAUCAAAGCGUUCUCAUUCGAGAAAAUCGUCCUACGAAGACCAGCAAGUCGUUGCUGGCCUCUCUUUGGCCAGGGCAGCUACUGCGAGCCCUAUGAUGAUGAGAGAUGUCCAGCGCGCCAAGCAGCCACCGCCACCAUCACCUUCUCCAGAGUCAUUCGCUGCGCUCAUGGCCUCUGGCCGUAGCAGCAGAAAUGGCGCACGUGACAGAGUACCGGACGGCAUCGAUUUAAAGCUUCAAUCAAUGGAUGCCGCAGUCACUGGCGAUGUAACAUCACCAGAGCAGUCAAUUGCGUCGUCAAAUCGUUUCCACUGGCCUAGUCGUAGACGUGGUCCUGGGUCUGUUGCAAGUUCUGUCACGUCCAACUCAAGUGCUGGGCGAAGUCUACGAAGUGGCCAUGGUGGCCGCAGCUUGAACAACUACAUCCACAGCUUGGAAACAGCACAGCACUAUUCCCAACGACAGCACAGCCGCGAGAGUAGUCGCCAUCGCAAGGAUGAUCGGCAGGCUCGUAGCCGAGAGAGCAGCAGAAACCGAAAGGACCGCACUCGUGAGUCCUCGAGCGACCGCGGUCGAGGCAUUGCCAGAAAUUACACCCCCAAGCCAGCCAAGCAUUCACCCACUUCUCCGGUUCCAAUGUCCCCUGAGGAUCUGCUUAAUCUGAGCACACCAAGAAUGAAUGAGGCAACUGUCAGCAACGAGUCGGUUAUUCCUCUACAUCUGGACAGUCACGAGCCUUCAACAGUCCGAAAAUCUAGCCAGAUCCGGGUUUCAAGCAGGACAUCUAGUCGAGGGCGACGGAGGAGCGCUGAGAGGCGACCUCCGGCUCUCGAUUUACGUGGCAGAAGCAAAAGUCGCGGAGAUGGAUCGGUUGUGAGAUCCCCUUCUUCGCCACUACCCAUGUCCAGUCAAGCAGCCCAGUUCUACGUCGCUUCAGACGAUGAGGAGGAUUACAGGGCAGCUGUUGAAGCACAAGAGGCGUUCCGAGCAAAGCACAACGGCAGUCGUGGCGUAAAAGAACCCACUUCUCCUGCGGUUCAUCGAGCCCGCGACACCUCUGAACCACGACGGAGACGUGCGAAGACUCCUGCGCUUGAGAACAUUGUGGUCCCUCUCCAGCCAGCGACUCCAGCUGUCUCUGGGCCUGCACGUAGCGGCGACCUGAAGCAAAUCAUGACCGAGAGACAACUGAAGAAGGAGGCUGCUGCUCGUGAGCUUGAAGAACGCCGCAAAUCACUUGCUCGCAGACCAUCAGCUCCACCGAUCCCUCAUCCCCAUGAACUCUCCCCAAUCUACUCGCGUCCGCCGACGGCCUUUGAACUCCCAUCCACCACGUUUAUGCCUCCUCAGGAUAUUCCAAGGAGGAGUCAAACUGCAGACUUCACCAGGACCUCUUCUUACACACGGAGUGGCAACAGACCCGUCAUCGGCCUGCCAGCUACCCCUAAGGCGAUGAGACUCCAGUUCGAAAGCGGCGGUAUGGGUAAGCCUAGUGUUCCUCCAAUCCCGACGGCUUAUGUCAAAUCGUCGCCUUCAUCAUCUGGCCAGCCGUCGCCAGACAGAUUUCCCCACAGCUCUCCCGAUAAGUCGCCGAAAACAGAGGAGCCGGAGUCACUCUUGACGCUGCUUCCGUCCACUGUCUACUCCCCUCCGACACGCCCGAACAUUGAAAGAUGCAUGUCUGCCCCGAUUCCGGAGGAGCCCACGUCCAAUACCGGUCUACCACUGUACCCUUCUCAGUCCACCGGCAGACAUGGGAGGCACAGUUCUGUGUCAAGGAAGAUGAGCGUACCAGAUGCUCAAACUCCUAGCCGUGGCAUUGAUGAGGUCAUGGGCGGCCCAAGGCACUCACGACAAGCUUCACGUGAGGACCAGAUCCCUCCUCCUCCACCGCCGCCUCCGAUCUUGAGUCAGUUACAGCACUUGGCCACCCCUCCGCCGCCUCCUCCUGCUCCUCUACCCGGCAUGCGACCACAGGUCUUCGGUGGAUCGGGCACCAUCGAGAUCGUCAUGGACGAAUCCGAUAACGAAAAUGUCCCUGUCGCGGUUCCCAUGAGCGAGGUGGUCGUACCCAUUAUCGCACCCCCAGCACCAAGAAAUAGCAGCCACGCUCGGGGACGCAGCAUCUCAGACAAAGACAACAGCAUCGCUGGACGCUUUAGCCGCGCCACUGAACGCAUGCGAUCAGCCAGCCGUGGCCGCAGCAACUCCAUCCUCGGAAGCCGGACCAAGUCUCCUGAGCAGACUUCUCCCUAUGAGAGUGUCUUGCCUCCAGUGAGCUACACUGUCCCCCAACAACAAGCCGUUCAGGCCCAGAUGGUGGAGAGGCACCCCCGCGAAGUCCGAGCCGCCUAUCAGCAACAACAGCAGCAGCAAGCCUAUUCCACUGGACUUUUAGAGAACGAGAUGUUUUAG